AUGCCCGUACUCCCAACAGGCUACACGCCCCGUGCUCCCAACGGGCUCGCGCGGGCGCAGGCCGCACUGGAUGGCCGUGGUUGCGAUGAUCGCGGUCUUGUUGCCCAGUCCUCCCCGCAGAUUAUGGGAAGGGAGGCCGCGACCCGCGCCGCGGAACCCCCUUGUCAGCCAUGGUUCUCCGCCUCGUCAGCCAACUCGCCGGCUCCGUCAGCUAUCUCGCCGGCAUCGUCACCUUCGUCAGCCAUCCCGCGUCAGCGAGUCGGUGCACGGAGGGUGCCCCCCACGAGUCGGUGCACGGAGGGCCCCCCCACGAGUCGGUGCACAGAGGGCGCCCCCCACGAGUCUAGGAUACGGGUUCGACGGGUUGCGGCGCAGGCCGGGUCCUUGCGACUCGGAGGGAAGGACCAACUCGGAGGGAAGGACCACGAGUCUACGACGCGCGUGCGGUGUAUUUUGGACGCACCACGGCGCGUUGAGAUCUUGGGGCUCGGAGAGUGGGAGCAAGGCGCCCCCUACGACGCGUGUGAGGCAUAUUUUGGACGCACCACGAGCCCCGGACACACCACGAGCUCGCGACGCGCACGCGCCCAUGUCGAACCCGAUAUGAUGCGGGGGCGCCAACCUCUUCGUCUCGUGGGCGCCAACACCCGUGCAGCUAUCGGGACAUCUGCACUCUCGAAGUCCUUGGGGAUCUUGGCGCAGCGGACAGGACUGGAUGGCUAUCAGCGCUUUGGGUCCCUACUUGUCACCGGGCGCGGGCGGGUGAUGGUCGUGGGGUUCGCGCUGCGCCGGGAGGGAGUCAUCGAGGAGGGUGGCGGUGGGACCAACACAUACUUCUCUUUCCUGGCGGGAUUCGGGCGCAUCUCUCGCCGUGGCCUCUCGAUGAUUUCCGCUGCGACGAUGACCCAGAAGGCGAGGCUCGACGUACGGUGUCAAGACAAGUCUCAAAAAAUUGCACGCGCCGUCAGAAAUUCUGCCCGCGCCGACAGGUCGUCCCUUCUGGCUUCCCGUCACUGCGCCUACGCCCUCUCGCCGGUUAUCGCGGACGCUGCGCGGUCGUCUUCGCUCGAGCGAGAGGUUCUGGCUCAAAUCCGCGUUGGGCAGCAAUCGGAGACCAGCAUUUCUAGCCAUCGGGGACCAGCAUUUCUCCUAGCAGGCCCGCCUCAGCAUUCCUUCGACCAGCCCGACGCUUAA